GUGGUGAGGUUUGGAACCGUCAAUUUGGUUGUGCACUGAUCACCAUGGUUGAGACCAGUAGUGGGACGAGUAUUAGCCCCUAUACCCAGGAGCAACAAGAGAAGAUGGCCGCCUUAGUGAGAGAAAACAAGAAGAGGAAAGAGCUCUUGAAGCAGGUGAAGCUGAAGGCAAUCGCAAAGGAGCAGGUGGCGAAGAUGAAGAAACUGGAGGAGAAGAUGAAGAGAGUUCAGCAGGAGGAGGAAGAGAGGAGAAAGGCUGCCGAAGAGGAAGCAGCAUCAAAAGAAGAAAAAGAGAGGAAAUGUAUUGAAAGUAGAGAGGAGAGUAGGGGCACGAAGAAGGAUGAAGACGCAGAGAUGGAGAAGCGAGUGGAUAGCUAACUUAUCGUUGGGGGAGGAUGAGGCGGCAGAGUUCUAUGUGCCCCAGGACGAGAGGGAUGCGUUAGCCCAGGAGCUAGAAGCAAUGGAGGACCCCUUGGAAAGACAAGAAAGAGAGGAGGAGAAAAAGUUGGAGUGGAAAUUGAGAAUGAAGAGGGAAAAUAAGAGAAGGAGGGAUGAAGUUAAUAGGUUGACCCCAGAGGUGGCGAAGGUAAAAGAUUGUAGGCAGGAGGUGCAGGCUCAGGCAGACGCCUCAGCCAAAAUGGAUCAGGUGUUGGGGUACUUGGAGGUGUUGAGCGCAGCUUGGAUGGAGGAACGCCAUGCCAAUAGAGCUCAAGAGGUAGCCCUGAAGGCCAUGCGGUCCGGUUUUCUGGAUUUUGCGCGCGAGAUGGUUACCCACGUUGGAGGGGAAGUCGGGCGGUUGAGAGACAACAUGGGGAAGGUCUGUGAGGGUGCCAUUGAGGGCGCCAAAGUAGUAGCCGCUGUUGAGAGCGAGGUGAGACCCCGCAAGGAACCAGUCAAACUCAAGUUUCCCGAUGCCUAUGGCGGGAAAUCUGAUGAAAACUUCGAUAACUGGGCGGCUAGCGUAAACAGUUACGUUUACUUACAGCACAUCGUACAGGAUGAUCAGGUCUUGGUUGCCUUCCAGGCCCUCAAGGACGAAGCGGCUAGUUUUGCUAGGUUCCUCGCGCGCGCGGCCGGUUGUGAAAACAACAUGGUCGGCUAUUCCAAGGUUACCCCUCUCCCUCAAUUCUUCAAGCUCCUUAGGGAGCGAUUCGCUGAUCUUCGCAGAGGCGUUAGAGGCUCUGACAAGCUCCACACCAUCCACUCACGGCAGUGGAGGAGUGCAAAGGCGCUCAAGGCCGUGAUGGACGACCUGGUGGCCGUCUCGGACCAUGGGGUGACUGAGUCCCAGUUGGUCCAGCUAUUUUAUCGUGCCAUGCCAGAGCCCCUGCAUGGGCACUUCUUUGACAAGUCCCAACAGCCCACCAUGACGUACGAUGCGCUCAGUAGAGAGGUGGUGUUGUUUGAGGCCAAGUCCAUGCCAGUUUCCACUUUCUAGCAUAAGGACUUAGACAAGGGCAAAAAGUGGAAAGGUCGUACCAUCUCUGGCCAGGUCAGGGCCAAGGAUCACAUAAUCCUUACCUUAG